AUGGUUGAAUAUGGUGCUGGUAGUAGUACAUUUUUCUUUAGUUCAUAUGUUGAUCAUUAUAUAAGUAUUGAACAUAGUCCUGAUUAUUGUCGUGAACUUGAACGUAUGGCUGCUAGUCAACCACAUCGAUCAAUAAAAAUCUAUUAUAUGGAACGUAAUUCAUCGGGAUUUUCUAUAAAACAUUGUUUUGAACAAGAUUCAUCAUUAAAAUCAAAUGUAACUUCACAUAUUGAUAUUUAUUGUAUACCAAGAAAUGCGUAUUCAUUUCAAGCUUAUCGUUUAUGGGCGACUGGUAAACGAAGUACUUAUACAAUGUAUCGUGAUUAUGUUGAUUUUCUUUCGAUAUAUUUUCGUGAGAAAAAAUUUGAUUUUAUAUUUCUUGAUGGACGUGCACGCCCACAAGUUGCUUAUGCUGUAUUAAAACAAUUAAAUGGUUUAAAUGCAAAAGUAUUUAUACAUGAUUGGAAUCAACGUAAAGAAUAUCAUAUUAUUGUAAAAGAAUUUUAUAAUAUAAUUGAUCAACAAAUGGAAAGUAAUCAAGUUGGAGGUGGAGGACUUGUUGUAUUAGAAAAGAAAUCUGAAGAUAUUGGAAAAGAUAAUAUAAAUGAUAUUCAAUGGAAAUAUGAAAAAGAACCAAAUUGGUGGAUUUAA